AUGACCGUCUAUUGGGACCCUCGAGAAGUUCUCGGGGUCCAAUUUUCCGAAGACUUCAUUCAAUGUACCGCUUGGGUCACCCCAAGAAAGCAAAGAGGAGUUCCUCGAGGGCUACCGAGGCGAUGUUACCAGACCUUCUUUAGCAAGGAGUGCAAAGUCCAAGUUUGUCAGAUGCUCGACGCUUUUGCACAGGUCGAUGUUACCUCUAACGGCGUGAGCGAGCGCAUGGAACGGGAACUUAUUCAGAUGGCAACACUUACCAGCUGUCCGGGAUGGCACAAGAAUCCAGCUCGCUCGCAGGCUGACACCGUUGGUACGACGUGGAAAGAGGCCAUCGAGGCUUUUGUUGCUGCGAAGCUGGCCUCGAGUGUGAGAGGGGAUAGGACAAGAGCUCAGAGGAUACGAUUGCCUCCCGUUCAGCCUCAAGAAGAACCUAUCCCUCUGCCAGCUCCCCAUGGAUCUGCUCUACGGGUGGAACUGCCUCAACAAGGCCCAGCUUCAACACCUCGUCCACCUCGACCACAGGCUAUUCAAGUUGCACCCGCUCCGCUACCAGUUCAGCCAGAGCCAAGACCUGCUCGUGUCAAUCUUGCGGCUGAUGCAGCAGAAAGACGACGACGUGAUGACCAGCGACAAGAAUUGAGUGUCGUGUCUGACCCAUCAGUGCCAGACCGUGUCCCUCAACACUACAUCAAUCGUAGAACAAUCGAUGCCCAAUCUGAGCACGAGACCAGACUCGUCCCAGACCAGGCACAACAGUACCACCCCCCUCCACACCCAGCCGGAGCACACUUGCAGCUCAACCCCAAUCCUCAACAGGGACUACCACCACAAAGCCCCAACCUCGACAUCCGAGGAGUGGCGGAUAGAAUUUCUGGCUUUGUUCGGGAUCAAGAGGCAGCCAGAGAGGAACGUAGACCUCGAUUCGAAGCCCGGCUUACAGACCUUCCGGCUGCAGCACCCAUCAUUCCCGCCCGCAAUCCCGCCAGAGAAGUUGCUCCUGCUCCCCAGAUCCCCGUGCCGGCUGAACGGCUCAAGCAGCCAACUGCUUGCCAGCCACCAGCCAUCCGCGUCGUCAAACGCAGACCCCUCGACGACGACCCCUGCUGGACCUGCUUGAUGGAUUUCGAAGAGGGCGAGGACAUCGUGUGGUGCCGGAAGCAAUGUGGGAAGAAUGUCCACCGAGUGUGCUUCGCCCUGACGGUGGAGCUCCGAGAGGAUGACAAGAUUAUGUGUGGACACUGGUAA